AUGAGUCGUCUUGCCGACCCUCCUUCUACUAGGAUUUCAUUUGCCGGGGUACCAGACGCCCCCGGCAGGACACGAAACAUUCCUGUGCUUUCGUCGUCUGGUCAGCAUUCGAUGGAUAUCACCCCUCCGCCUACGGGCGCGCAUGGCACUGACGACCGAAUGACCGGGAUCACCAAUGGCACUGAAGCUGGAAACAAUUCUUUGAAUGCUCCCAAUCCGGCUAUUAGCGCUACGGCGGUAGCUCAGCAGCCAAAAGUCGUCCAAACUGCUUUCAUUCACAAGCUCUACAAUAUGCUAGAAGACCCCGGCAUUCAACAUCUCAUCUCUUGGUCCGGUACAAACGAUAGCUUCGUCAUGUCGCCAACGUCGGAAUUCUCCAAAGUCCUAGCAUCGUACUUCAAGCAUACCAAUAUCUCCUCGUUCGUUCGACAGCUGAAUAUGUAUGGGUUUCACAAAGUGAGCGACGUCUUUCACACCGGAUCGCCAGAUUCUGCGCUCUGGGAAUUUAAACAUGGCAAUGGGAACUUCAAAAGAGGCGAUCUAGCUGGUCUACGAGAGAUCAAGCGCCGUGCUUCGAGACACGCUUUGAUCCACCGCGAUUCAUUCCCUAGCCACAAGCCUCCUGCUUCGCAGCCUGGAACACCCGCUGAACCCGUAACUGAUACGACCGAACUUAGGUUCCAAACCAUGGAGCACAACAUAUACGAGCUGCUUGCUCGUGUGGCUCGGGCGGAGGAAGGCAAUAUCGCACUCAAUUCAAGAUGUCAUGCUAUGACCGACAGCCUGACAAAGUGCUACCAAUGGACGCAUUCUAUUUCACGGUUUCUUCAAGCUGUUGUGCCCGAUAGGGAAAGCCCUCUACAUCGCGAUGUCUCGAGCAUGCAAAAAGAAGUUGAGAAACAUAUGGAAUUCAUGCGCGCUAUCGAACCCGCUCACGAGACUCUCAUGCCUCCCCGGCAACAUCAUUACUUCGCCAACAUGACUGAAGCCGGUCCACCUUUGUCCCCGCGCCAGAUGCCCCAGGACGAUGCCCGUCGACCCUCCAUGAUGGACCAUACACCUAGACCCACCAACAUGAUCCGGCCGCCCGUCCCUCCCCAUCUCUCAGUAUCCUCUCGCCGCUACGGCUCGAUUGGCGGCGCCAAUCCUGCCUCAGCAUACGCUCGCCCACAACCUCCCGUCGCCCCGCCCCCACAACAACCGAUGCCUCAUCCUCUCUCCGUAUCAACAUCCCCAGGGCCUAACUUGGCCCGCCGUCACACGUCUGCGGACAUCCGACAGCACGGCUGUGACCAGCAAGUCCGCGAUGUCCUCGCCCAAUACGAAAUGGGUGCUCCCCGUCGCCUUCAAGAACAAUCCCGCCACCCCACCCCACCCACUGCCGAACCUUCCCCAUCCUUGCUCGGUGUCGACAACGGCUGGACAAUUGGCGGGUCAAGAUUCCCCCACGGCUCUUCGUUGCCCGCAACCCGUCGGUCGAGCAUGGCAAGCAAUGUGCAUUCAUUGCUCAAUCCGGCCGAUACUGCUGAAAGACCUGAUGAGGACCAGCAGGCAGUGGCAGAGGACCGGAAGCGGAAGCGGUUGGAAUAA